UAAGGAAGUCUGCAGAAUCUGGUCUAACAGAGAUGGACAUGGAGGAGAGGGACUGUUCAGAUGGGGAGUAUUUUGUGCACAGGAAGGUUCUGGAUGAGUUACGCCUGGAUGGAGUGGCACAAAAGGGGACGUGGUCCACUAAACCAACCCUGGGUGAGCGGGUGAAAGAGUCUCUGAGGUGUUCAACGUCCAGGCUGAAGCAAAUAGUGCUGAGUUGGAUCCCUGUUCUCAGCUGGCUGCCUCACUACUCCAUCAGAGAGAACGCCAUUGGGGACCUGAUCUCCGGCUGCAGUGUGGGCAUCAUGCAUCUGCCGCAGGGCAUGGCAUAUGCCCUUCUGGCUUCCUUACGCCCAGUGUUCGGCCUUUACACCUCCUUAUACCCAGUGCUGGUCUACUUCAUCUUUGGUACUUCCAGACACAUCUCCAUAGGUACGUUUGCUGUGAUCAGCAUCAUGAUCGGUAGUGUGACGGAGAGGCUGGCACCAGACAAUCUCUUUAUUGGAAAUGGCACUAAUGGGACAGGAAGUGUGGACCUUGAUGCACGGGACGCAUACAGAGUACAGAUAGCAUGUGCCCUCACGGUCCUGGCAGGAAUCUUCCAGAUCCUGUUAGGUGUGGUGAGGUUUGGUUUCGUGGUCACCUACCUGUCUGAGCCACUGGUUCGUGGCUACACAACAGGAUCAGCGUGUCAUGUGUGCGUCUCCCAGCUCAAGUACCUGUUUGGAGUCAAGCCGGCUCGCUUCACCGGUCCCCUCUCCCUUAUUUAUACUCUGGUGGAUAUUUGCCGGCUGCUUCCUGAGACUAAAGUGCCCGAGCUGGUGGUCAGUCUGGUUGCUCUCGCUGUUCUCAUUGUGGUUAAAGAAAUCAAUGCCUGCUACAGACAGAAGCUGCCUCUGCCCAUCCCCAUAGAAAUCGUAGUGAUCAUAGCAGCAACAAUCAUCACUCACUUCUGCGGACUUACGAGUAAAUACAGCAUUGACGUUGUUGGACAGAUUCCCAGUGGGCUCCAGGCCCCUCGAGCUCCAGAUGCCACAUUGUUCUCAAAGGUGAUAGGCGACGCUUUUGCAGUGGCCAUUGUGGGCUAUGCCAUCAACAUUUCUCUGGGCAAAACAUUUGCCCUCAAACAUGGCUACAAGGUGGAUAGCAACCAGGAGCUGGUUGCUUUGGGUCUCAGUAACACUGUUGGCGGCUUUUUCCAGUGUUACUCUGUGACUUCGUCCUUGUCUCGCAGCCUCGUUCAGGAGAGCACAGGCGGCAAGACACAAGUUGCAGGAGUGAUUUCAUCCGUCAUCGUGCUCAUCACGGUUUUGAAAAUUGGUUCUCUUUUUUCAGAUCUCCCUAAGGCUGUCUUAUCCACAAUAGUGUUUGUGAAUUUGAAAGGAAUGUUUAAGCAGUUCAUGGACGUACCUAUGCUGUGGAAAACCAACAAAGUUGAUCUGCUGGUGUGGCUGGUAACAUUCAUAAGCACCAUCCUGCUCAACCUGGACCUGGGCCUGGCUGUCUCCAUUGGCUUCUCCAUGCUCACUGUCAUCUUCAGGACACAACGACCCCGCUACUCUAUCUUGGGCCACGUGGCAGGCACUGGCCUGUAUCUGGACACAGACUCCUACAAAGAGGCCAAAGAGAUUCCAGGAAUUAAAAUCUUCCGUUCAUCUACAACCAUCUACUACACAAACGCUGAGAUGUACUUGGAGGCCCUGCAAGAGAAGAGUGGAAUCGAAAUUGGGAAGCUGCUGACUGCAAAGAAGAAAGAAGAUGCAAAGCUGAAGCGUAAACAAGAGAAAGAGAAAAAGAAAGCUAUAAAGGAGACAAAGAAACAAAGAAAAACAGUCAGCCACCUGUCCAAUGGCACAAUCUCAGAGAUGACCGAGAGGAAGGUCUCUGCAGGACUGAAGGGACAGAAUGAGGGGAAUGGUGUGGCCAUUAGCCUAACAAAACCCUCUACAAAUGAUUUUAGUAAAGGCCAAGUGAACUGGGCUUACGAACGUGAAACAGUCAUGUCAGACUCAGAUUCAGACACUGGCUUCCAGGGUGAUGAGGAAACAGGAAAGGCCUGUGGAUCAGGGACGCACAGCAUCAUCUUGGACAUUUCCACGACCAGCUUUGUGGACACAGUCACUGUGAAGACCUUGAAAAAUAUAUUCAGGGACUUUGGAGAGAUUGAUUUGGACAUCUAUCUAGCAGGCUGCCAAGCAUGUGUCGUGCAACAGCUGGAAACUGCAGGUUUCUUCUCAGACUCCAUCCCGAAGAGCAGACUGUUUGUCACAGUUCAUGAUGCGGUGCUUUAUAUCCUCAAGAAACGGGGGCAGACUGACUUUGUACUUGAUAUGUCCUGCAGCACUCACAUGUAACCAGCAGGGGUCAGACUGUUUCAACUCUCGCCAUCUUCCUCCUCCUCCUCCUCCUCCUCCUCAUGCUCACUAUUGGUCAUGUCUCCUCCCCCUUCAGUGAGGGAGAAUGCACCACCUUGACAUGGCGGCUGGUUGCUAUGGAAAUACAGGGAGCCGUUGCUGUGGCAACUGGCUUUUUAUGAUAUCGUCUAAUGAGAUAGCCAGCAAUACGUCAUUGCAGCUCUCCGGCUCUGUGGUGUGUGAGAGACAUACAGAGAAGGGGCGGGGGUUGAGUGGGAGAAUGUAACACAGGACUAUUAGGAGUCUGUAUUUAUAGCCCGUGUGAGAGAGUAGAGAGUGAGUGAAAGGUUGACUGUAAGGGGAAACUCAGAUGUGAAAGGCCAUAAUGUGUGAGCAUACAUCCGUCUGUCCAUCUACAUUUUUUAACCAGUGAAUGUUUUCCACAACAAGCCAAUAAAAUGUAAAUGUUUGUCAUUGAUAUGGCUGGGCCAUUCCCUCAGGGAGGGGUUCUCCAUCCUUAUAUCACCACUCAUUGGCUCCAGAUACCUUAACGAAUGAGCUGAAUUGCAGAUGUGGUGUAAUAGGUGUUAACAGCAGCUGCUUUUAAACACAACAUGAAUGUAUUUAUAGUCAGCAUUCACACAUCUGAUUCUGCUGACAUCUUUAGCUUCCCAUCUAUUUUUGGGAUCCAGUGUCCAAUGUUAUCGUCUGCAAUUAUAACUAUUAAAUGCAAAACACUGUAUUGUAGUAUAUGUUUUAGAUAGUCUCAUGCAAAGAUAUUUGCCCCCAGUUUUAUAUUUUUGUAUUGUUAUUUACGUUUGAAAAUAUAUUUUUGUGUUUAAAAGUUCUGGAAAAAAAAGGUCCAUUUAUACGUGCAAUUGUAUACAUUGCAAAAUGUACUUUCCUAAUCAUAUUAACUCAAAAAGGUGACUAUUACCACUAGUAAAUUAUCAACCUGCAGAAAACAACAAAAUGUGUGUGAGGGAUCCUCAAUUAUACCAUUGUUCUACCUUACUGAUUGUCCAAUUGUCUGUGAAAUGUUUGACAAUCAAAUAAGUUUAUUUUUUAUACAGGUGUAACAUGUUUAAUGUGAUGGAUCCAGAAUAUUACAUAUUUUAGAGUAUGUUUUAUGAAUAAUGUAUGACUGAAAAGGUGUAAAUAAAGA